GCGGCCGGGAAGGAGGGGGCGGAGCCGGCGCCCGGGAGAGUUGCCGAUUGGAGCGAAGGAGCAACAGGGGGCGGGGCCUCCGCGGGAAGCGAGAAGCCGCAUCCACCGUACUCAUGAGAUGGCCACAGAUGAUAAGACUUCCCCAACAUUGGACACUGCUAAUGAUCUGCCGCGGUCUCCUACUAGUCCUUCUCACCUCACACACUUCAAACCUUUGACUCCUGACCAGGACGAACCUCCUUUCAAGUCAGCGUAUAGUUCUUUCGUCAACCUCUUUCGGUUUAACAAAGAGCGAGCAGAAGGGGGCCAGGGAGAGCAGCAGUGUCUAAGUGGAAGUUGGACCAGCCCUCAGCUCCCUUCAAGAACACAGUCUGUGAGGUCACCUACACCUUAUAAAAAGCAGCUUAAUGAGGAACUCCAGCGACGAUCGUCAGCCGUAUUAGAAGAGAACAGUUUGCCACAUCCCCAGGAGAACACAGACACAAGAAGGAAAGCAGAACCUACCUUUGGAGGUCAUGACCCUCGUACAGCUGUUCAGCUUCGAAGCCUCAGCACAGUAUUAAAACGCCUCAAAGAAAUCAUGGAAGGGAAAAGCCAGGAUAGCGACCUAAAGCAAUACUGGAUGCCAGACAGCCAAUGUAAAGAGUGCUAUGACUGCAGUGAGAAAUUUACAACCUUCAGACGCAGACAUCAUUGCCGCCUAUGUGGGCAGAUUUUUUGUAGUCGUUGCUGUAAUCAAGAAAUCCCUGGAAAAUUUAUGGGCUAUACAGGGGACCUCCGAGCUUGUACAUACUGUAGAAAAAUAGCCUUAAGUUAUGCUCACUCCACAGACAGUAAUUCCAUUGGGGAAGACUUGAAUGCUCUCUCAGAUUCCGCAUCCUCUGUAUCUGUACUUGAUCCAGGUGAACCUCGAACACCUGUCGGAAGCAGAAAAGCCAGCCGCAACAUAUUUCUAGAGGAUGAUUUUGCCUGGCAAAGUUUGAUUCAUCCAGACUCCUCAAAUACUCCUCUUUCAACAAGACUUGUAUCUGUUCAAGAGGAUGCUGGGAAAUCUCCUGCUCGAAAUAGAUCAGCCAGCAUUACUAACCUGUCACUGGAUCGAUCUGGUUCUCCCAUGGUAUCUUCUUAUGAGACAUCUGUCAGUCCCCAGGCUAACCGAACAUAUGUUAGGACAGAGACCACUGAGGAUGAACGCAAAAUUCUUCUGGACAGCGUUCAGUUAAAGGACCUGUGGAAGAAAAUCUGCCAUCACAGUAGUGGAAUGGAAUUUCAGGAUCACCGUUACUGGCUGAGAACACAUCCCAACUGCAUUGUGGGAAAAGAAUUAGUUAACUGGUUAAUCCGAAAUGGACACAUUGCCACAAGGGCACAAGCUAUAGCAAUCGGACAAGCGAUGGUUGAUGGACGUUGGCUGGAUUGUGUCAGUCAUCAUGACCAGCUUUUCAGAGAUGAGUACGCGCUGUACAGACCACUGCAGAGUACAGAAUUUUCUGAGACCCCUUCUCCAGACAGUGACUCAGUGAACUCCGUGGAAGGACACUCUGAGCCAUCCUGGUUUAAAGACAUAAAGUUUGAUGACAGUGACACAGAACAGAUAGCUGAAGAAGGUGACGAUAAUUUGACGAACUCUGCCAGUCCUAGCAAGCGCACAUCAGUCAGCAGUUUCCAGUCCACAGUGGACAGUGACUCAGCCGCUUCCAUCAGCCUGAACGUGGAGCUGGACAACGUGAACUUCCAUAUCAAGAAGCCCUCCAAGUACCCACAUGUGCCCCCUCACCCUGCUGACCAAAAAGAAUAUUUGAUUUCUGACAAUGGAGGACAACAACUCUCAAUAAGUGACGCCUUCAUCAAAGAAUCCUUAUUUAAUCGUCGAGUUGAGGAGAAAUCCAAAGAGCUGCCUUUCACACCUUUGGGCUGGCAUCAUAACAACCUGGAGCUGCUGAGGGAGGAGAAUGGAGAGAAACAAGCCAUGGAGAGGUUGCUUUCAGCUAAUCAUAACCACAUGAUGGCACUGCUCCAACAGUUGCUCCAUAAUGAGUCAUUGUCACCGUCUUGGAGGGACAUCAUUGUAUCACUGGUCUGCCAGGUGGUUCAGACAGUCCGACCUGAUGUCAAGAACCGGGAUGACGACAUGGAUAUCCGUCAGUUUGUCCAUAUUAAAAAAAUUCCAGGUGGAAAGAAGUUUGAUUCUGUGGUUGUCAAUGGAUUUGUUUGUACCAAAAAUAUUGCACAUAAAAAGAUGAAUUCUUGUAUUAAAAAUCCCAAAAUUCUUCUGUUGAAGUGUUCCAUUGAGUAUCUCUACAGAGAAGAAACUAAAUUUACUUGCAUUGAUCCUAUUGUGCUUCAGGAAAGGGAAUUCUUGAAGAAUUAUGUUCAGCGAAUAGUUGAUGUUCGACCCACAUUGGUUUUAGUUGAAAAAACAGUAUCUCGGAUUGCCCAAGACAUGUUACUAGAACAUGGCAUUACUUUGGUCAUUAAUGUAAAAUCACAAGUUUUAGAACGAAUCAGUCGGAUGACCCAAGGUGAUUUAGUGAUGUCGAUGGACCAGCUGCUUACAAAACCCCACCUGGGCACCUGUCACAAAUUUUACAUGCAGAUGUUUCAGUUACCUAGUGAGCAAACCAAAACACUGAUGUUUUUUGAAGGCUGUCCACAGCACCUGGGCUGCACAAUCAAGCUCAGAGGAGGCUCUGAUUAUGAGCUGGCUAGAGUUAAGGAGAUCCUAAUAUUUAUGAUCUGUGUAGCUUAUCAUUCGCAACUGGAAAUCUCCUUCCUUAUGGAUGAAUUUGCAAUGCCUCCUACGUUAGCACAAAACCCUUCCUUCCAUUCUCUGAUCGAGGGACGAGAGGAUGGAGGGACAGCUCAAGAGCCAUUUAGCGGAAGCCCCCUCCCCCGGGAGCCUGACUUCCCUCCAGAGCUUCUGCCCUCCGAUGAUAGCGGUUUGCCGGAAUCAAGGAUCGUGUUUGAGAAGGGUGACCAGGAAAAUAAAAGCGUCCCACAGGAUGUUGCCUCUUUGAAGCAUCAGGAGUAUGCCACAGCAGCUUGCCCGGCAGCAGGCAUCCCCUGUGCCCUCUUUCCAUCCGUCCCAGAAUCGUUGCUGCCGCUCCAUGUGGACGACCAACAGGAUGCCACGGGCACUGCGCAGCCAGAGCCUUCACAGCACACAGAUGAGCUACAGGACCCCAAAAGCCAGAUGAGAGCCUUUAGAGACCCUUUGCAGGAUGACACUGGAUUGUAUAUUACUGAGGAGGUUACCUCUUCUGAAGAUAAACGAAAGACUUAUUCUUUGGCCUUCAAACAGGAAUUGAAAGAUGUGAUCCUCUGUAUCUCCCCAGUAAUCACAUUCCGGGAGCCCUUCCUUCUAACUGAAAAGGGGAUGAGAUGCUCUACCCGAGAUUAUUUCGCGGAGCAGGUUUACUGGUCUCCUCUUCUCAAUAAAGAGUUCAAGGAAAUGGAGAGCAGACGGAAGAAGCAGCUGCUUAGAGAUCUCUCGGGGCUUCAGGGCAUGAAUGGAAGUGUUCAGGCCAAGUCUAUUCAAGUCUUGCCCUCCCACGAGCUAGUGAGCACUAGAAUUGCUGAGCAUCUAGGGGAUAGCCAGAGCUUGGGGAGAAUGCUGGCUGAUUAUCGGGCCAGAGGAGGAAGAAUUCAGCAAAAAAAUGCAGACCCUUUUGCUCAUUCAAAGGAAGCACCUGCUAUGGCAAGCAGCAGACCAGGAAGCAAAAUUGAGGGUGAUGAAGAGAAAGGGUUGAUUCCAAGUGAUGCAGUGUGGUCAACAAAGGUGGACUGUCUGAACCCUGUGAACCACCAGAGACUGUGCGUGCUCUUCAGCAGCUCUUCUGCGCAGUCCAGCAAUGCCCCCAGUGCCUGUGUCAGCCCUUGGAUUGUGACAAUGGAAUUUUAUGGAAAGAAUGAUCUGACAUUAGGAAUAUUUUUAGAGAGAUACUGUUUCAGGCCUUCUUAUCAGUGUCCUAGCAUGUUCUGUGAUACCCCUAUGGUACAUCAUAUUCGGCGCUUUGUCCAUGGCCAAGGCUGUGUGCAGAUAAUCCUGAAGGAGUUGGAUUCUCCAGUACCUGGAUAUCAACAUACAAUUCUUACUUAUUCCUGGUGCAGGAUCUGCAAACAGGUAACACCAGUUGUUGCUCUUUCCAAUGAGUCCUGGUCCAUGUCAUUUGCAAAAUACCUUGAACUUAGGUUUUAUGGGCACCAGUACACUCGCAGAGCCAAUGCUGAGCCAUGUGGUCACUCCAUCCACCAUGAUUAUCACCAGUAUUUCUCUUACAAUCAGAUGGUGGCAUCUUUCAGUUAUUCUCCCAUUAGGCUUCUUGAAGUAUGUGUUCCCCUCCCCAAAAUAUUCAUUAAACGUCAGGUCCCAUUGAAAGUGUCCCUUCUUCAGGAUCUGAAGGACUUUUUUCAAAAAGUUUCACAGGUAUACCUCGCUGUUGAUGAAAGACUUGCAUCUUUAAAAACGGAUACAUUUAGCAAAACAAGAGAGGAAAAAAUGGAAGAUAUCUUUGCACAAAAAGAGAUGGAAGAGGGUGAGUUCAAGAACUGGAUUGAGAAGAUGCAAGUGAGGCUCAUGUCUUCCUCGGUCGACACCCCCCAGCAGCUGCAGUCCAUCUUCGAGUCCCUCAUUGCCAAGAAGCAGAGUCUCUGCGAAGUGCUGCAAGCUUGGAAUAACAGAUUGCAAGACCUUUUCCAACAGGAAAAGGGUAGAAAGCGACCUUCAGUUCCUCCAAGUCCUGGAAGACUGAGACAAGGGGAAGAAAGCAAGAUAAGUGCGAUGGAUGCGGCUCCGAGAAAUAUUUCUCCAGGACUUCAAAAUGGAGAAAAAGAGGAUCGCUUCCUAACAACCCUGUCCAGUCAGAGCUCCACCAGUUCUACCCAUCUCCAGUUACCUACUCCACCAGAAGUCCUUCCUGAACAGUUGGUGGGGGGGCCCCCCGAACUCGAUACAGCCAGCAGUUCGGAAGAUGUGUUUGAUGGACAUUUGCUGGGGUCCACAGAUAGCCAAGUGAAGGAAAAAUCAACCAUGAAAGCCAUCUUUGCAAAUUUGCUUCCAGGGAAUAGUUAUAACCCUAUUCCAUUUCCUUUUGAUCCAGAUAAACACUACUUAAUGUAUGAACAUGAACGGGUACCCAUUGCAGUUUGUGAGAAGGAACCCAGCUCUAUCAUCGCUUUUGCUCUCAGUUGUAAAGAAUACCGAAAUGCCUUAGAGGAAUUGUCCAAAGCGACUCAGCGGAGCAGUGCCGAGGAAGGGCUUCCGACAAAUAGUACUUUAGACAGCAGACCAAAGAGCAGCAGCCCUAUUAGAUUACCUGAGGUCAGUGGAGGACAGACAAACCGUACAGCAGAAGCAGAACCACAGCCAACCAAAAAGGCUUCUGGAAUGCUGUCGUUCUUCCGAGGGGCAGCAGGGAAGAGCCCUGAUCUCUCUUCCCAGAAAAGAGAGACCUUACGUGGAGCAGAUAGUGCGUACUACCAGGUCGGGCAGACGGGCAAGGAGGGGACGGAGAAUCCAGGCAUUGAGCCUCAAGAUGAGGGAGAUGGAGGAGAUACACAAAAGAAACAACUCAUAAAUCCUCAUGUGGAGCUUCAAUUUUCUGAUGCGAAUGCCAAGUUUUACUGUCGGCUCUACUAUGCGGGAGAGUUUCAUAAGAUGCGCGAAGUGAUUCUGGGCAGCAGUGAAGAGGAUUUCAUUCGUUCUCUUUCCCACUCCUCUCCCUGGCAGGCUCGUGGGGGCAAAUCAGGAGCUGCCUUCUAUGCAACUGAGGAUGAUAGAUUCAUUUUGAAGCAAAUGCCUCGUCUGGAAGUCCAGUCUUUCCUUGACUUUGCACCGCACUACUUCAAUUAUAUUACAAAUGCUGUUCAACAAAAGAGGCCCACUGCUUUGGCCAAAAUUCUCGGAGUUUACAGAAUUGGUUAUAAGAAUUCUCAGAACAACACUGAAAAGAAGUUAGAUCUCCUUGUCAUGGAAAAUCUUUUCUAUGGGAGAAAGAUGGCACAGGUUUUUGAUUUGAAGGGUUCACUUAGGAAUAGAAAUGUAAAAACCGAUACCGGGAAAGAGAGUUGUGAUGUAGUCCUGCUGGAUGAAAACCUCUUAAAGAUGGUUCGAGACAACCCUCUGUAUAUCCGUUCUCAUUCCAAAGCCGUGCUGAGAGCCUCGAUUCGUAGUGAUUCCCACUUCCUUUCUAGCCACCUCAUUAUAGAUUAUUCUUUGCUGGUUGGGCGAGAUGAUACGAGCAAUGAGCUGGUAGUCGGAAUUAUAGAUUAUAUUCGAACAUUUACAUGGGACAAAAAACUUGAGAUGGUUGUGAAAUCAACAGGAAUUUUAGGAGGACAAGGUAAAAUGCCAACUGUGGUCUCUCCAGAGUUGUACAGGACUCGAUUUUGUGAAGCAAUGGACAAGUAUUUCCUGAUGGUACCAGACCACUGGACAGGCUUAGGUCUGAAUUGCUGAAAUGGAGCAUGUGAUUUUGAAAUGGACCAGGAAUGAAAAGGCCCUGGAGCAAAGGACCAGAAAGGAGCUCCAUGUUUUAUUUCUUCAUCACAUUCACCACUGCAUGCCAAGGCCUUCCCAUUCCGUGCUUGUGUGGGCUGUCUGUAACUGAAGGGUUAAAACUCCGCAGAUUUGCACUUUGGCUUUGGAUACCUACAAAUUAGCUGUCCUUCUGCUGGGAAGUUGCAUGAACAUUUUCCCACAUAAGCUAAAAUAGAGGCACAUUUCAAAGGGCUAAAUACAAAUGUAGGGUCAGAGGUGAGGAGAUAGGGUGAAACAUGGGUUGUCAGAUCUGUUACCAAUCCUGUUAAGAAAAUAACGCUUCCUAGAUUGUGGCUUUCCUGGCAUCAUAUUUGACACGUUCUUUACUUAGUAUUGGUAGAGCUGGUGUAUUUGUUUUGUGUUUCUUCUGUGAUGGUGUAAUGUUGCCUAUUAUCAGGAUUUCUGAAACCUUUAAAAAAUUCUGAAUUAUUCUGUUCAUGGCCAGUUAAACAGAUCGACCCUGUCUGUCCUUGUUUGUUUGCGGAAUUUGACUUAAAUUGGGAAUCCUGUCAUGUCCUUACCUUGCCCUGUUUUUUGAGUGUGCUUGCUAUUUGUCUUCUCUGUGGGUGAUGGGAGACUAGCCAUUCAUCAGCAGCCUUCUUUUGGAGCUGUUUUUAAAGCUUAUUUAUAACUUUUGUGCAAUUAAUAUGUUAAACUGCACUUCUCUGUACCUGUCUGCAUUCUAGGUUUUCCUCCACUUUCAGGGAAACAGUAAAUGAGUCUAUAAUGACUAAAUUCCCAAAGGGAGAAUUACUAAGGAUUUUUUUUUUAAUGUAAAAGAGAAAUUAGACCUUAUCCAAGAAAUUGGGUGAGAGGUAAACACUUGCUUGUUUUUUUUGUAAAGUGUCUUUUUCAAUAUAAAUAGCAAUUCAAGUGGCAUCUGUAAAACUAAGAGGUUUCUAAGUGUGGACAUCCGUUUCUUAACUUUCUGCACCAGUUUCUAGGCCAGUUCUGAUUAUUGAGAAAUGUUAAAGAGAUUAAAUAUUUGUAGUAAGGAACUUCUUGUUUAAUAGAGUUUUUGUUUGUUUAAAAAGUGAUCAGUACUGAGUUGUCUUUGAGGAAAUAACAGAAUGCCAACUAUUUCCUCGUGGCUUCUUUCCCUAACAAGGAUAAUUUGGGGAUUUGUAAAGUUUUAUAACGUUCUCCUCUUUUCAGGCUUCCUAUAAUAGCACAUUUCUAUUGUAACUUUCACAAAAUAAGAAAAAGAAAUCUGGGUACAUUCCAGUUACAGAGACUCUAAGUAUGUGAAAUAGGAGCAUUUUGGAAAGUCUGCUUUAGAGAAUGAAAGCAGUAAUGAAAGCAUUAGUUUGGUGUUCAUUGCAUAUUGGAAACGUGAUUUGUCUUGACCUAGAAACAAGUUGGCCAAGGACUUAAUGACCUAUGAUAAGCACUUUAAAACAAAACAAAACAAAACAAAACAAAACAAAACAAAAAAAACAUGUGGUGUGCCUUUUGAAAACGCACAGAACACACUGGUGGUUUUAAUUUUGAUGUGACAGCCUAGAACAGGACGGACGCCUGCCCGAAUGAAACGUGUGGAUGGACCGUCGCUAACUGCUAACCUCUUGUGAGUCCAGGAACAGUGGACUUUGCGACUCCUUUUGAAUACAAACACUGUUCCGUCAGGAUACUUAGGGUUAUUCACCUGUGCAUUUCCUGCCCUCUGCCAUGUCCACCGCCAGGAGAAGGUGGCUUCCCUUAGCCGUAAUCGGGUCGUUUCUAUGUUUUAGCCUCAACACCCUGCAUAUGGCAGGCUUGGAUCCUCCACUGGAAGAAUUCCUGACAGUAGCGUGUGUCACUUUGGUUUUGUUUUCCUUGCCCAUGACUUGAACUGUUUUUUACAGCACGGCUGCCUCUCAGAUAAUUUUGGGGCUAAAAAAAAUUCCGGUAUACUAUAAUCUGAAGCAACACUUGCUGCCUUGCAAGGGUGAUCUGUCCUUUGGAAACUGUCUUAAUGAAAGGGAAAUUAAUUCAUUGUGAGUAGUAGGACGACAUCCUCAGCCCCGGUGCUUUUGUUGAGGCCACGGUAGUGUCUGUAUAUGUCUGUAUAAGGUGUUUCAAAUAUCGUGCUGCUUGGUGUUAAGCAUUGAAUGACCGCUCACCUCUCUUGAAUAUCCUUUCGAGGCUUGGAGAACAUUCAUGUUGAAAAGACUGAGGAAGAAAUCUUACUUCUUUCUUCCUUAAAAUAAAACAUGAAUCCUGAUAAUAUCUGAUAACUGCACAAGAAAACUAUGUGAACGCUUUGCAUUGUAGAAAAAUUUUGUUUAUAAAUAUUAAGGUUUCUGAUGCUGUCAAAACUCUAUGGAAAAAUAAAAAAGGUUUACUUUUUUUCCUAGCCAAGUCUGAGACAAAUAAGGGGAAUCGGGUAUUGCAAGCCCUUUUGUAGUCUGUUGAAUUAUUUAAAUUUGUAGACGUUUAAAAUUUCCUACAAAAUGUGCUGCUUAUAAUGUUUUCCUCGAUCCGGCAGUGAGUGGUUUUCUAACUUUGGCUUUUAUUGGGUAUUGUAAAUAGGUUUGUAUUGGUUUUGGUGGCAUCAGUGUCUCCUUGGCUUUUUACCCAUUAGCACUGGGCUUGUAAAAAAAAUUGCCAAGGAAAAGUAAUCUACCUGUAGAAAGUUUGCUUAGCUAGGGGAGUGAAAACUCUCGUGAAUGCGCCUGGUGGUGAAGCAGGUCAGGCCAUUCUUUGUUCCUCAAGUAUUAACAUACUGACUUAUGCAGUAUUCAAACCAUCUAGUGCAAUGCCUUUUUGUUUGUUUUUGUAACACGGGUGCAGUGUAUUAUAGAAAAACAAAAAUUACAAUCACGAGCAGUUUUAAUGCUGCUGUGCUGGUUUUGUAAAAAAUGUACAUUAUGUCUUUUGACAGGUUUAAUUUUAACUAGAGAAAUGACAUUGUAAAUCAUAAUAUCCUCUUAAUUUAAUAUGAAAAAUUCAAUUAACAAUAUUGAAAAUACUUACUGUAUUAUAUUGUAUAUAUUUCUCUACUUUGGUUCUAGCUCUUUUAUAUGAUUGACAUGUUAUUUAAGAGAUAAAACUGCCUUGACCUUUUGGAGACUUAUACUGUAAAUAAAGAAGACUUACGAUAAACUGAGAA